ACGUACUGCUGCGUGAAGACUGAAGAGGCGAGACGACGAGACCGCGACUGAAGCGGUGAAGCACUGCAAGUUCCGUCGACGGUCGACUCCGCGAGAGCUGAAGAGCUGAAGCCCGACGGCCGACGCCAGUCACGCCACCGCCCACCGCAAGUUCCGUCUUCGAUCUCAAGCCUGAACAGCGACUCCGUGAGUUCCGACGCCACCGCCCACGACUGACGACUCCGCUGCCAGGGUUUGAAAUAAUUGAAGUGUGUCACUUGUGGAGUAGUGUUAGUCACAAUGGAAAAGGAGAAAAUUGAGGAAUUGAAGGUUCAAGCUCAAAAAUGGCUGCGUGAAGCUGAGGUGUUGGUCAAUCAGAUACCUCCUACUCAACUUUAUGCUGCAAUUGGAGUUGUGUUAUUCACCGCUUUUUUGUUCUUCAUCACUCGGUUGUUCAAGCGCACAACAUCUAGUACCGUUGUACUCACUGGGCUUAGUGGGAGUGGAAAAACUAUUUUAUUUUACCAGCUUAAAGAUGGAUCAUCACAUCAGGGCACUGUGACCUCAAUGGAACCCAAUGAAGGCACUUUUAUACUACACUCUGAGACAACCAAGAAGGGCAAAAUAAAACCUGUUCAUGUUGUUGAUGUGCCGGGUCAUUCUCGCCUUCGGCCAAAACUUGAGGAAUUCUUGCCUCAAGCAGCUGCAAUUGUCUUUGUUGUGGAUGCUGUAGAAUUUUUACCCAAUUGCCGUGCUGCUUCAGAGUACCUUUAUGAUAUUUUGACCAAGGUGACUGUGGUCAAGAAGAAGAUUCCAGUACUACUACUCUGCAACAAAGUGGAUAAAGUUACUGCACAUACAAAGGAGUUCAUAAAAAAGCAGCUUGAAAAGGAAAUUGACAAGCUUCGUGCUUCAAGAACUGCUGUAUCCGACGCAGAUAUCUCAGACGAGAUUACACUAGGGACACCUGGAGAAGCGUUCUCAUUUUCACAGUGCGAAAACCAGGUAGUAGUUGGAGAAGCUUCCGGUUUGACAGGCGAAAUCUCUCAGCUAGAGCAGUUUAUUAGGGAGAACGUGAAGCCUUAAACUGGUGGGCCAAGUUGAGCCACCCUUUCUGAUAUGAAGAUGAACCAAGAGAGUAUAUUGGUUGAUGAGAUAUUUGGAAAUUUGCGGUGAUUUUGAACUGACUUUGGUUUUUCUUGAUGUCUUCUCUCAUUGUUGUUACUUCCCAAGUAAAUCAAGACGUCUUGUAAUUUGAAUAUCAGGGAUCAACCCUAACCAAAUUGGUCAGAUAGACAAUCAUAUUAUUGACUUGGUAAUCACAAUGUUACAAUUGGUCUUA